AGACGACAGGGUGUGAAGCAGACGACGGGAAGGGGUGAGGAGCAGCGCGGCCGUUUGGUCCGUCUGGCUCGCGGGUGCUGGUUGGCUGCUGGACAACGGCUGAUGGUGCUGGGGAUUAGUUGGGUGCAGUGGGCUGGUGUCGUUUGUUUCGGGCACGUCGUGGUGUCGAGCUUUUGAAGGCCACAUCUGGCACAGGUAGCGGUCCGCGCAGUACGUUUGUUAUCUAACGUUGCCGGAGGAAAAAAAGGUUGGGAGCGAGAUUUUUCUAUCUUUGAGUGGCUGCUAUCGACGUAUAGCUGCCGCUGAACGGGGGCUGGCUGCCUCGUUGGUUUUGAAUUCAGAGAGAAGACGACGUUCCCGAACCUCGCUAACGGGAAGGUCUUGCGUCGAGAUAUCCCGCCAUAUGCAGAAGCGGAGCGUGCAAACCGGCCACCGUUGGAGAAAAAAAGCGGUAGACUACGACGCCUACAACAGGAGCGGGGAAGAAGCCGGACAACGGUGCGCGAAGAUUGCGGUGACUGCUACGGUGCGCACGUAGCAGACGACGCAGCUGUAGCAGACGACGCGGAGGCGCCUACUUGAACGAAGAAACAAAACAAGAACAAAAAAAGCAUUUAAAGAUGGCCGAAGCAGUACCUCUGUAACGGAACGCCUCUCUGUGAUUUGUGUUUCAGCGACCACGCAGAAAAGAAACGACGGUCCGGUGCUCACUGAGGACUGUUUUAAGAUUCGGAGAGAUGCUGCCGGAGAUGAAGCGGAUCUGCAAGUAGGUGUAAUUGAUUUUGGUGGCUUCGAAACCUGAACGUAAUUCGGCGCCCUUUCAUGUAUCGUGCGUUUGGUGGGGAGGAGAAGAAGCUCUUGACAACUGUCGGUGACGUUUCGGGAACCAGCGCCAUUUGUUUAGAACGGGCAACACACAUAGGAAAGUGAACAAAGCAAAAAAAAAAAAUUGUGUGAACAAGCAACGCUGUCGGACUGACACUCUUCAUUUGUUUCUUCCGCGAACUGUUUCGAGAACAGUGUUGUGUAUUUUUCUGAGACCACAAUCGGACAAUUUUUCGAAAAAAAUCUCUCGGAAGUCGUCUUGAUGCCGGCCGGAUUCAUGAUGGAUAUAUCCCGCCAUUCCUCAUCGAGUGAGCUCGGAGGACAGCUCAUGUCGCAGGGCGAGCAGGAGCUGGCCACCAAGAUGCUCCAGAUCCAGUCCAAGAGGUUUUACCUGGACGUCAAGCAGAACCGCCGGGGCCGCUUCAUCAAGGUGGCCGAGGUGCAACAGGUCGGGGUAGUGGGUAGGAAAAGUCGUCUCCUCCUCGCCAUGUCAACAGCGGCUGAGUUCCGGGACCACCUGACAUCCUUCAGUGAGCUGUACGCUUCCCUGGGUCCCCCCAAUCCAGAGAACCUGCCUGAGGAUGGCAAGUUGAAAAGUGAGAUAAUGAUUAAGGACAAUAGGCGCUACUACCUGGAUCUCAAGGAGAACUCCAGGGGGCGAUUUCUAAGGGUGUCCCAGACGAUAGCACGAGGUGGUCCUAGGUCUCAGAUCGCCAUCCCCGCACAGGGUAUGAUCGAGUUCCGCGACGCGCUCACGGACUUACUAGAAGAGUUUGGCACGGACGACGGAGCUUUCAAAGGAGAACUACCUGAAGGGCGCCACAUGCGUGUAGAAAACAAGACGUUUUAUUUCGACAUUGGGCAGAAUACCCGAGGCAUCUACAUGCGUAUCUCAGAGGUGAAGAACAAUUUCCGUGCGGCCAUCACCAUUCCAGAGAAGUCGUGGUCGCGCUUCAGGGACUCCUUCUCAGACUAUGUCGAGAAGAUGAAGGAGCUGACGGAGAAGUCGGCCGCCGAGGGUGGCAAAUGAGAGCCGUCGCCCGACCGCCCUCCCAGGCAGCCACCGCCCACCCUUCCCUCCGGCGGUGCCCCAGGGGUGGCAGGCGACACUGUCGCAGUCCCUGAUACGCCGCAUCGCCUUAGAGCCGCCCCACGGCCUUUCAGCAUCGGCACACCGACGACCAACCGAUCGGCCGACCAGGGUGAGCGCGACCGUUGCGGCAUCUCUUCCACGAUGGGGCACGACUGCAGAGCCACGCGGCGGUCCUGUCCUUGGUGCAGCCAUCUUGAUGGUCCUUCCUAGCAUGCCCCACGGCGGACAGCUGCGAGGACUUUUGACAAAAUAAUGCCGGUGAUAAAAAAUGGGGUUGGGGGAGAGAAGAGCUCGGAAGACUUAGGGGACAAGAACUUUUUUUGAGAAAAUGGGAAGUGGGGAUGGGGAGGACGAGAGAGAAGACUGGUGGUGGUUGCAUGGAGGAGGAAGACUGUGGUUGACGGUGACCAGUUAGCAUCGCCCUGGGCUGGUUUGUGUGUGUGUGUGUGUGUGUAGUUUGAGAGGCCAGUUCGCAUUACCAAAAGGCCACUCGUCGGCGAAUCGUCGUUUCGGAGGUCGUUUCACGUUGUCGCAUGUUGGGCACAGAGGUCUGGCGGCCCGUGUCAUCGAGGGCUGCCCGGCACCGGCAGACGACGGUCGGCAUCGUCACAAAAGGCCACAUGGUGCUGUCAAAGUCCGGCAAGCUUUGACAACUGAUGGUCCCCAAGCCGGCCCUUCAGUUCUCGCUGUCGUCGGCGAAUUCUACCGGCGACGUGAGGGGGAAAAAAAUGCGUCUUAGCUCGCCUUUCUUUUUCAUUAUAUUUACUGUUCUCAUUUUUCUAAGACUGUCAUCAUCUGUUGUUUUGUACUUUAUUUUUUGUUUUUUUGUUUCUCGCUGUUCCCCCUUGCCAAUGCUUCCUGUGCGAACUGCAAUGAGCUCCUAAAAAAGUGAUAGCGGGCUCUGGCCAUCCGCAAUGAAUGAGUGACGCACGGCUGACGUCCCGGUGAUGUUGCGCUGCCGUGCGGUCUCACGCCUGUGGAGGCGACGCUCAUACGAAGCACAGCCGAGAGAAUGGGAGCGAGUGAGUUUAGAUGGCGAGAAGGGAUGUGUGACUUUGGGAGCAUUGGCGAGACAGGGUUUGCGAUGACUCCAAGUGAGAGAAAGAAGUGUGGAGAAUCGAAGGUUUUAAAGAGAGUUGAAUAUUCGGUGGCACGUCAUGGCUCCAGGGCUGACCGGCUUCUGUGCAAAGUUAUCAGUGUGUCGUCUAGAACUCUCAAGAUCCUAGCAGUCAUUGCUUGUUUGUCGAGGCCUUGGUCGCGUUGCGUAUUCGAUGAUCCUGUGCUGCCGAAAUGUGGCAUUUGCGACCCAGGACAGCGUUUUUUGAUGUGCUUGUGCUCAAGAUCCUGCGUGCAGCAUUGAAAAGUGAUGGCAGGACGUUUAAAAAGUAAGCACUUAACAUCAGCUUACACACUAUGCUCACACCUUUAGGAAAGACCACGCUGGACUGAUUUGAAGGCCACACAAAGCAGAAAGGCAUCACAAUAUGUAUCGCUUAGCUAAAAGGACACAUCGCAAGGUUCAAAAAUUUUGAAAGAGUAAAAUAGCUGUACAAAAUAAGUCCAAUGCAAGAAUAGUGUGGAGAAUUCAUCUAAAGUUAUUAUCUAUGUUGUUUGGAUAAAAUAAAAGUAUCAUACCGUUUAUGCAUGGGAGUUGCUUGGGGUGCUCUGCAUUACUUUAUUUUGCUAAGUGUUCAGAUUAAGUAGCCUAUAAGGAAUGUGUCAAAUUAUCUGCCGUUCUUAAAAGAGAUACUUUUGGAAACGUCAGAAGGCAGUGUAUAGAAUACAAACCGAGCCCUAAUUUGUACAGCUGUCACUCUCGUUAUCUCUAUUGAGAAGUUCCAUAUGCAUUCCGAUAAUUCCAUAUGUUGUCCAUUACGUUGUGGAAACUUAAUGGAAUUUAUGUGGAAUGUGCAUGUGGCUCCAUAAAGUUGCUCUGAAAUCAUGUGGACUUACCGGAAUGGCAUGAGGAGUGUGUCAAUAGGGCGUUUCUAGCCUUGAAAGUUUGCCAUCUCGGGCUCUUUGCUGCGCGUGACAAGUUAAAAGUGCUUGGAGGGUCAGCAGAUGCACGUUUGAGAAUCGCUGCUCGGGGGUAGCUGGGUAGCUGGGUGGUCUUGAAUGGUCCCGAAAGGUGUACUGUGCACGGGCACCCCGAAGACCGUCGAAAAAAUAUAGGGACGAGCGUUUUCAAAGUUGUAGCGACUCUGCUGCAUGUUUCUUGCGUGUGAAAGGACAACACUAGGCAGCUAAGGUCGGGAAACAUUCUAGACAUCUUAAUUUUGAGGAAAACUUGGCUUCUGAAUGCGAAACAUCGUGGCACGAAGGAAAAUUUUCCAACACUGUGCAGCAAUAAAUAUCAGCUAUGAUGUCAUUAGUCAUUAAGAAUCUUGAAAAGGGUGCUGCACGUGUUGCUUCAGGUGUGCGCCGAUUUGGUCGCUUUGCGAAAGUGUAGAGGCUCAUUCGUAUCAGCUGUGCUGAAACCGGUUGGUAGGAGCAAUCAUGACUGCGAACCAGUGGGGUUGAUCUUAUUCGGGACUAGCUGCGGACCUGCUUCACAAGAGACCGACAAUGGUUGAAAAUGUCACGUCAGUAUCUUUGUGAGCCCUGGAGUCGUUACGAGCCACUGGGAAACGUGCCAGUCAAUGAUGCCCGGUGAUAUAGGACAGAGUGAGAGGUGUGAGAGAGAGACAGAGGUGUGUAGGUCAAGUUUUUUCAAAGGAAGGCACGGCGACCCGGCGUCACAGGCCCUUGUAGGCACGCGCUGAGGUGGGGUUCCCUCGUAGGAUGGCUCUUUCGACGUUGCUAAGCCUAGAACGUCUCCUAGUCAGGGAUGACAGGUGCACUUAUGUGCCCCUGUGAUUGGCUCUGUAUUCACAGACUUUCCCCCGAGUAUCAUGUGACAGCUCUAUCAUACGCUCUAAAACGAAAUUGUAAUUCAGAAUCGAUGUCACUAAUGACAUAAGUGCUAUAACACAGCUUUCGAAACAGUUGAUAGCAAUUUAUGAAUCGUGUCAUGUUUGAUUGUGUUUUCUCGUUUCACACGAUAAGCAUGUUCAAGCAAGUUUCUAAUGCAAUUGGGAUCUCGUGCACAUCAGCAUUUUCCUAAUUAACUAAGCUUUGUCGAGCGAAGCAAAGGUGUGAUUCAAAAAUUGAACAUUGCACGUGUAAAAUCAUUAUUUUGUUCUUGUUGAAACACAUGCGGCUGGACUAACAUUCAUACGGAGCCAGAGUUUUUAUUUUGAUGCUCUGUUUGUUUAUUUUUAUGAAUGCUAUUGUUGAGGCUCUGCAUGUGAAAAAAAUGUAACACUGAGUCGUGCCCAUUUAUUGAACGCAGUAGUCUGUCGGGGAAAGCUGCUCUAGCUGAUGUGACUCGUGAAAGUGACGCCCAUACAGAAUGGUACCCGAGGAAAAAGGUUCUCAAUUUGUGGUUUGCAGUAAAGGCUUUGUGUGUGUCAAGUAAGGUCUGUGACGCUUGGUCUCGUGACGGUUGUUGUUUGCAGCGGCAGCUUCAGGCUGACCGGUAUUGUUGAAGUUUGUUCAGAGUGUAUUGCAUUGUUGAAGGAGCAGAGAGUCAAAAAGACAUUGUUUGUUGAUCGUCUGGCGCAAUGAAGUUGUCUUUGGAUGUUGGCAGUGUUCUUUGAUGAGGGCCGAGGAGAACCCUGCAGUUUUGCCGAUGGGCUGCUUUUGGCUAAGAGUUUGGGAGGCACGAAAGUACGAAAGAAUCGGAUUGUCAUGGAAGAAGUACUCAACUGCUCACGGAGCUGUAGGCACAGCAGUGCGAUUGCUGUAAGGAGUUUCAAUCCUCGUUUUUUUUUGUCCUUGUUUUGAGAGCUGGCGUAACCGUAAGGAAGGGAAUAGAUUCUCGGAGCAUCGUGUUCUUACUACCAAGCACUCUGAAUCAUGGGCAAUGUUUCAAGCUGGCUAAUGUUAGCUUGGUCAGAAACCAGGAUAAUUACCAGUGUACUUUCGCACUACUGAUGAGAUGUUUGGCGAAUGACGUUGCACCAUAGUUUUUGCAUGACGGCGCUUCAUGGUCGGGAGUCUAGCGUUAACAGUUCCUGAACUGGAGUGUGCAUUUUUGCGAGGCUUCGCUUUGAGAGCGUUCCUUUCGCAAGGGUGCUACGAGCAUCCUACGACUGUCCGCUGCUAGAGGCGCUAUGCCACAAAGCGUGGGUGACCUUGGCAUGUGGGUAUAUACAGGCUUGUAUAUACAUAGCUAUUUUCGGGUUCCUCUUGUGGUGUUUGAUCACACUCAUGAUUUCAGAGUCUGCAUGCUUUCUGAAUGCCUUUUCCUAGUGGAGUCUUUUUUUUAUAUUUUUUUAUCAAGCAUAAGCACUUUUGCCGUUGCUUGGUUAAUAAUUCACACCUAGAAGGCUGGUUGCAGAGGCCUCGCACGCCAACUUUACCGAUCCGUUAAACUUUCAUCACAACCAACAGAUUCUUGACACCACUUUAUUUCUGUGUUAUACCCGCAAAUCGCUUGCUGCCUCCGCCCGUUUGUCGGCUUACGAUCUUCAUUGACAAUGUGUUCGUUGCAAUUCGUUGUAGAGGCCUUCUUGUUUUGUGGUGACAACAUUGGGUCAUCUCCUUACGCGACCAAACAUGUUUAAAGUGCAGGUUGGGAGAAGGCAGGGUUGGUCCAGUUAGGAGUGCGUUCCUCGCGUAGGUGUUUUUCACAUGCAUGGUGGUAAUGCCACCGCUCCGCCAAUCUUUUUGUGGGUACCAAAGUAGUGCAAGUUUCCCGCUGAUCCUGCGUCAUUUCUGCAAGAAGGUGAAAGUGAUGGCUAAAUGUACUGUAAUCCUUGCAAAAACGACCUUGUAAGAUGUGUUUAUAAAGCAGUCUGCUACGGAAAGACAAGAAAGUAAAGAAAGAAUGGAUGAAUCGAAUGAGCAAACUCAAUGAUUUGUGUUUCCUCAGCCUAAAACAGGAAUCGCAAAUGUAAUUUUGUUUGAACACAUUUUUUCUUUUUGAUGCAGAAAGGCACAAACAUUUUUUAUGAGUAUGCAUGCAUUUGCAAAGUGUAGUCACAUCCAGGCAUUGCAUGAAAACGUUCUCUGACAGGUGAGGUCUCCGUUUCAGAAACGGUGAGAUUGCACAACGCGGCUGCAACGUAGCCACAUCCAAUUUUUCAAUGUUAAGCUGAAAUUUGCGAGCAUGUCUUCGUGGUUCGUUUCGUUUCGCUUCACGAAAUUGAUGCUGUGAGCCUCUGUCAUCUCAGCAGUCUGUUCGGCGAGUCUGGCCCGGUAAUGUUCUCGUUGGUUUACUCGUUUGGGCUUACGUUCACCCAUUGUUGCUGCUUCUAGUUUGUACUUGAGUCAAUUACGCUUAAAUUUAAUGCUAUCACUGAAAGUGGGCAUCUGGAUUAGGCAUGGCUGACUCUGCAGGCAUAUUCUCUAUCUCAAGGAGCAUUGCCGGACUUCAGUUCCGUAAAGCUUGGCUAUAAAGCUUUUAGCAUAACAGUUAUUCGAAACACUCGCAAAUGUGAGGAGCGCACGGUACUUUUGGAAACUUUUGUAGGUGCUUCGACAACUUUGUGUAUAUGCUUGAAAUGAUUCCUAACAUGAUUGCUUUUUUAACACUGUGAGCAGUGCACCUAGGGGAGCAUGAGUGACAUUCUUUUUUAUGUUGUGCAGUGUUGGUGUGCUGCUUUCUUGUUUCUUCUUUGAGAAUAACGGGUCUCCAGCGAUAAAUUCGCAGAUACUUUGAACAUCGGGUGUUUUCUUUCAAGGUGAGGAGCUUCAGUCUUUCUGGCUGUUGUCGCAAUGGAGUGUUCUUGCAUUUCGGACGCGCUCGGGCGGACAGAAAUUCCAAGCUGGCCUUGGAACCGAUACUUGUUUCUAGGGGAACGAAGAGUUGGGUGGACACAUUGACGAUAGCUCGUGCGAAUGGUUGCUUUGCAAAAGGUGAAGUGCCGAGCAUCGGUUGUCUUGAUGGACUAGGUACAGAAGCGCUCACUCAUGAAUGGAUGCAACGGGUACUGUGUCGCAGUGCCUGAAAAACAAUGUGCAACUGCAAAAGCUGGCGUUGGAGAGGCGCUUUUGUGUCUCGUCUUGUGUGAAAGCACUGCCAUCUGAAGAUCUCAGAGGGGACUAGAGUCAUAUACGCCUAGUGACUCUGCAAGGAGUCGGGCCUGUGCUAGUCUAAUGAUCUGUUAGCGGAGCUAUUCACUCGACAGCAUCAAACCAAUGUGGAGCCAUAACUGACCCAACAUCAUGGCACCACUGGCCAUGCUGGAUUUAGACAAAAUAUGUUGACCUGCUUUACAAGUGCAGAGACGGUGCACGUUUCUGAAGCAAGGCCUACUUUAGACGUAUAUUGGGUUUUGUGAAAACAGACAUUUGAAUACAACAAAUUUUUUUUGCUAGACAUUGGCAUUGUAUGAACUAAUGUUGGUCGCCACAUUACAGGUACGAUUAGUAUUGAUAGAAUAUGGCAUUUUAGGUACUUCUUGACAAAAAUUAGCUUGCAUCUCUAGCAUGGCCUUACAAUGGACCACUUUGGGUUUUGUUUGUUACAUGUCUUACUGUAAGGGCUCGGUGUGUAUGCUUAAUGCUAGCACUUUGUUGGGCUUGCGUAGGUCCUGGCUAAUUGCCGCUCAGAAGAUGAGGUGAAUCAAGAUUGGGCUUGAUUUACAGCAUAUCUUGCAUCAUGCACUCAAACUGUUUUACAUUGCCAAUAUUGCUGUUACGUGUAACUUACUUUUUUUUCUUCCAAGUCCUGCCAUUCGAAGUGCGCCGUGUUGAAUUACUGUUGAAGCUUUAUUUCGGCUGAGAAUGUGCUUGUGCGAAAUUCUUGCUGUUGCCACUUCACAGACGUCAAGCAAAAAAUAGCUAAGUGUGAAGGUCGGAUGCUGCUGCGAUUUUAGAGCUCGGAAUUUUUUCGACAUUCGCUCCCGAGGAUGUUUCUUUGGUAACUUCCAUCUGGAAAAAGAAGAGCUGCUUACAGAAUCACAACAAGGCAUCGAGAACUUGCAUGAUUGAAAAAUGGAAAAGUUGAGCUUUUUGAUCGAUUGGGUUAUUCAGGAUCAGCUUAAUAAUUGAUGUCUUGUUCCAGAUGAUUGGCCCCAUUUUGAUUGGAUAAGUUAGGGGUGUAGUGCAAAAAAAAAAUAAUGAUUAGGGUAGGAGCCUUAUUUUACACACGUACCUGGACACCUUGCCUCCUCGACUGACAGUGUGCCUGUUGCAUGAUAAGAGGCACAGCUUGCUAAUUUUGUUCUUUAAUCUCUUUUUUUUUUUUACGAGUUCUGCCCAUGUUCCUGAUUCGUCGGGGUAAUCCCAAACUACAGUGCAAUGCUUUGUUAUUGGCACCAUCGAGCUGUUAUUGACGGUCUUCCCCUUUUUCCACGAGGUGUAAUUUAAUUUUCAGGCUUUCCUACAUUUCACUGUGUGCACGUGAACCCAAGGAGCAGCAGUGCAGCUGUGGAGAGAUCGCGAGUCGCGACACCUUUUUUCGGCAUAGCUGCACGUUCGAAGCCACCGAGAAUCUGUUUGACAUGAUCAGCAUCUUGUUCCGUUGUCACCAGUCCUCCAGAUUUGUCAUACACUUGGAACUGAUAUCAGCUUGCGAACGCUGCACUUUUAUUUAAUUAAAUAUUCAUGGUAAUGCAUGCAUGCUGUACUGCUCUAGCGGUAGCACGCAAACAGUGUUAGCGAGUCAGUUUUGUUGUGUGACUUGCGUUACGGUUCUUUGCUCACACGAAUACUUUACCAUCUUCUUUAGAGAGCGGUCGACUUUGGAACCUAUCGACUCCUGCGUAUCUACAAGCACGCAAAGUCUGUCCCAAAGCUGGAAGCUGUACUGCCUAGGCAAGCAGACAGCUGAGCAAAGUCAAGCAAGUUCGCUUGACAAGUGGGUGUAAUGAUAAAGGCUUUAUUGCUGUUAUGAUAAAGGUUGGAGAAAUUCACGAGGCAUCUGAUGUUCAACUCAAAUGCUUUUAAUGAGACCAUCUUUGGCCUUUGGAAGAUGUGCCUCUCGAAAAGCAAUGCAAAUGAGUAGUUAUACCCGGCCGCUACCAUAAAACUGCACGUUUGUUGCCGGCUUUUAGCUGCCGUGACAUACUUUGCGGCACAGUCUCAUUAACAGUUCUGUGGAACAUUGAAUUUCUUGUUUAAGUUGUGGCGAAUAAAAUUGUUUUUGCUUGCCUCUGUACUCCUUGCAAGGUCAGAAAGCAGCACUGUUCAUAAAACAGUCAAAAGACAAAGGCAAAAGGGAACACACACAUGACAGUAGAGGCACGUUAUGAUGAUUUCAGGUUUGCGUGUUUUAUGAACACCAUCAAGAAGAACCAACUAACCCGAAUCAAGGUGCUGUCACUAGGAACUAAGUCUGACAUUCACAUAUUUUGCCCACUCUCUCCCGAGGCUGCCUCCGACUUUAACCCUGAGUUCCAAGUUGUAACGGGCUUUUCGUACUCCAUUUGUCUGUAUUUCACAAUCUCUACAAGGAUGUGUGAAGCUUUGGUCGUUGAAUAGUCCAUCUGAAUUCAGUAUAAAUUUUUUUGGAUUCUGUGGAUAUCGACAACUGUAGAGGUAAGCUUGUGACAGCUCAAUGAUUAUCCGUCUCUACUGGCAUGCUGUGUUAACACUUUAUCUCGGCCACUGCUAAGCUCUUUGGCUGGAGCGGGCAUAUUCAGUGAGUGUUAGAAGAAGCACAUUUUUCAUUGGUGUCAUCAAGAUGAAAUCUAUUGUGUGAGCUUGAACCUCAGUGUUAGGCCCGAUUGUGUAAUCCGAGAAUUUUUUUCCUCGCUGACAAAAGGCCGCAUUGAAGUUGAAGUUUGUACAGACACAUUGAAAAAAACAUCAGUGGAGUGUUUUUAUGAGAUUUUACUUUCACAAUUUUUGCCAUCUAUCGGGGACUCUAGUGUUUGAAGAAGGCUUUGGCAUUGUGCAAACAUGCCAGGGUGCGUGCAUACUUUAUGAACAGUAGAAUGGCAUCUAUUAUAGCAUCACAAUGUGUACCAAAAAGGGUCAUCUUGUCACACUUGCCACUAUUGCGCAUGGAGAUGGUAUCGAUCUGCUGUGGCACCACUUGCUCCGAGAGAAAUUGUGUGCACUCUGUUUUUUGUGUUCAGAGGAAAUGCAUUGCCAAUCGCUAGUAGUAGCUGUUAUUUCUGUCGUGUCUACAAGUUUCGUACGUCGGAAGGAAGACAUUUUGACAUUUUGUGAAGUCUCUAAAUUGAAAUUGAGUACCGAGUAGCAUGCUAAAGCUUCGUACAGGCUGAGAAAAGUGUCUUUCUGGCUUUGUCAGAUGGCUGUACAGAUGGGACUCCUCAGAGAAGCAAAAACACGAAUGUUGUGCAUUGUGCUACUAUGUUUGCCUAAAGCUUGCUUAUUUCACCAUUUAGUUUCAUCUAGUGUCACAACUGAACCUUAGCCAACUUUAGACGUGGCCUUUGCAGUAAUUGAUUGACUGUUGAAAGUUUCAGCUUUUGCGAAAGUGACGCUAGCGUAAUGGUUUCAUUAAAUGGCUUAGCCCUGUACAGUCUAUUCUGGCAAUUCAAAUAAAAACCGUUCUUCUGCAUGUAGAGGAUUGCUUGGUUGUGUGACCCAAGCAUUGAAUGACAUCUGCUUUCUGUGUGUGUGGUAUGCUGUGUGCAUGUGCACGUUUUCUCUCAAGUGCUAUUGGUUAGGCACAGUCAAAGUAUGCAUGUUGCAUGUUUCUGGGACAUCUUUCUAAACUCUGCUGUGAAAAAUUGUGAGGAAAAAGAAAAAGACAUGUGUACACGCUUAUAUUUCGAUUGAACGGCCCACUGAGAUGUUUGCUGAAGCUCUUGGAAGGAAUACAAAUUUUGACAUGGGAAUUCGUAUUUACAAAAGAAAACCUCUGUUCGACAGCUUUUGUUUUUGGUUAUUCAGUGCGGUUGACGGGAGGGAAAUUAGUGACGACUUUUAGACACAUCGGUUAGUUCGUUAUGUAACAGUGUGCAAGGGUAGCAUUGUAAAACAAUAGCUUUCAGGUAUAUUGACACUUUUUCGAGAUUUUGCAUGCAUCGCUACUGAGCACGCCAGCAAAUGUAGCUGCCAACAUUUAUGACACUGCUGGCAGCACCAACAUCAUUUAUCUACAACAGAUUUGGUGCCGAUUCCCAUUGAAUGUCACUGUUGCGAUUAUGCAAGAAUGUUUGAAAGUUGGUUUAGACUGCAAAAUUACUCUUGUAAACAAAGCUUCAAUGUCCUGCACACAUUAAGAACGUCCAAUGUUAUAGUCAAAAAGUAGGUCUUGAAAUGAUAUGAUGCGUUGUCUACGAUGCCAGAUUCACACGCACUACACGGCUUGCUGUUGGGGUGUUAAAUCAGCCGGAUGUUACGAAAGCAUUUUCUCAUUCUUAGUGCCGUUCCCAAGCUCUAAAGCUAGAGCAGGGCACAUUUAACCAGAUGCGACCUAACCGCAAGCUAAUAUUUGCAAUUUAUAGGAAGUCACUAUGUCUAGAUUAUGCCACAUAAUGAUUGUGCAUAGAGUGCCGUAGUUUUUCUCUUCUACAAACACUCUAAUAUCGUGAUUGCCGUCUACGUAGUGGAUCUUUUACAGAGCCCAUUAACUGCAUCUACUCUGCCCAUUAACCAUGCUGAGUAUCUGCAUUGCGAAUCCCUUUCUAGCAUUGGGCGCUAUCCUCGCAUAUAUAUAUUCGUCAUAGACUGCACACGUUCAUGUUAUCGUAUUUUGACUGCCCCAUACUGACAAAGCUGUACUGUGAUAUUACAGGAAACUCCAACUUGUGGAGAGCACUGGAGUUCCCCCUAACGUUUAAUCCUCUCGAAUCCGUCUUGUCGUCACCAUGCUGCCGUCCCAAUAGCCUCGCCACACGAGCAGAGCACAGCGUCUGUCUGCUGGCAUGAGUGGUGCUUACGUGCACACGCUGCGAAGCAAAUUUUAACGCUGCGUACGUAGAUCCUGUCACAGUGUCGCGUACGCAAGAACACUGUACUUUGCAUAGCGCACAUGAGCAGAAGUGCACGCACCAUCUGUGCAAAAUGUGCCGCUCUUACCGCAGGUUGCUGUUGCGAGCACUACAUAUGCGUUACUUAAAUUUGCUAGUGUUGUGGCGUUUGGAGACGACUUAUGGUUGUGCGCCCCGGGCUGUCACAGCUGCCUUACACUCUGGUUUGCGUGCAUGGUGUUCUUCUCGAAGCUGUGGCGAGGUUGUUGCGCGACUUUGCUUUUCCCGAUGAUGAGUAUGUGGGGCCCUUGUAUGGUGCAGUGUUGACGAACGUAGCAGUGACUGCUGUUGUAUAUCUUGACUGUGCAUUAGGUAUAGUUGAACCUUUACGCAACGAAUUACUCGACAUAACAAAUUACCUGACAUAAAGAAAUAGUCGCAAACCUUUUUUGCAGCAUCUGCACACAGAGGAUGCACACUUAUAACAAGUAUCACAUGUGAUUAAUGUGAUUAAGGUGUACUUGUGUUAUAGGCAAAUUUAAAGACGAGGCUUGGCCAAUACUAGUUGGUUUUUCCACAUUUUAUGAUGCGGCUCUUAUUUUGUAUUUGUUAAAGAACUGGUGUGCAAAAGCGAUGCCUGUGCAAUAGCUUAAUAGUAUUAACGACCGAUGGUCACUUGCUCAGUGGAGGUCAAAAUUUUUGCUUUCUUUUAUGGUGUACCCUGCUGCAUGCACAACGCACACCAAGGCAGUGUCACGACAUUAUCGAUUUUGUAGACAUUUUGAUCACUUUUUUGAUUCUGACUGAUUUCACCAGUCAUGCCAAUAGCGUCGGGUAGAUUAAGUUUAAACUAAAUACAAGGGCUCUGCUGCUACAUCAAGUUUACGUGUCGCAUCGGCAGUAUUUUCAGUGGGCUUUCAAAUGGUUUCUAUCGAAUCUUUACUGUCGCAUACGAUCAGUGUUGCCAUUGCAUAUUUUGAAGCACUCCAUCGCGAUGCCAUCAAGAGCUAUGUGUUUAACAUUUGACUGGUGUACCUGUCCUGUGCUUAUGUGAUGUGUUUUGCAUGUGUUGUGUGUGUGUGUGUGUGUGCUAGGGACUGUAGUGUGCAACUGUAGAGGCAUGUGUAUGUGACGAAAGCAAUGCUGCAUGAAUGACAUCUGUUUCAAUGGAUGCAAAUUCUUCUCAUAUUGUCACCUUGCAUACAAUUUGACGUUGACAAAUAUCAGGUUUCUCGUGAGCCAUUUGAUAUGCUAACCAAGAAGAGGCAUUUUUUUAACACUGUUUCUGAACUAAUCCACUGGUAAGCACUUUUCUUAAUGGUGGAGGCUUGAUUAACAAACCUGUUUAGUCACUUGGUCUUAGCGGACUAUUGAGCCAAACUUUGUGCACCGAAGAUUACAUUUUUUUGUGUGUGUGCUGGCAUUUUCAACUUCGAGUCAUUGUCGGUCCAAUGUAGUAUUAUUUGUUUAUUUUUAUUUGUUGACUCGGGUGGCGAAUGGAAUGUCUGCAGACAGAAUUUAGCAGUAUUGCAGGUACUUUUGUGAAGCAACGGCAAUAAGAACACCUGUUGCGAUGUGACGUUUGCAGCAUGAAAACCGCAUAGCGACAGAUCAAAUGUAGGAUGGAAGGCCUCACUAUGCAAAGCAUAGUGAUGUACCGUAAAAAAAUUGUUGAAUAAUAUGCCGAGCAACUAGUCAGAUGAACUCUGAGCAGUGAAAUUAAUAUGAUACGUAUCCAUCUGCAGUUGAAAAAAAAAUGCCCACUGUGCAUACCUGAAAGUGCUUGAAGUAGCCCGAUAGUGCAGUAUGUGAGAGUAGGGCCAACACUUAUUUGAUUAUGUAGCAAACAAUACCAAAAAGGACAUCAUAGCAGUUGGCUCUUGGCAGUAUUCUAGAUUCAAAGACUGCCGUGUUUUGUAGGGACAACUACGUUCAUUUAUUUGACAUGCAAAUCUGACAUGACGAAGUACAAGCUCGAUGCAAAUACGUUGUCCAGAUGGGCUUGAAUGGCCUGCGGCAAUAAGAAUGAUCAGAGCAGAGGUGAAAUCAAAACUAUAUACGUCAAAGAAAGUAGGCAUCAAAGUUUGUUGAAAGGUCCAAUCAUAUUAUAUUACGUGUAAGCGCAAAUGAUUUUCUUUUUGGCUUAUCCUGUGCUUUUGCGAACUGUAAGGCACUAAUUGGUACAAGAGGGCAUGAAAGUUGGUGUUUGUUGCAGAGGUGUUUUGUUGAUCCAUUAGAAGAACUUGUGUAUUUAUUUGGGAGUUGGUAGCAUUUCCUCGUAUUCAGGUCAUAUUAAGGCCUCCAGGGCUGCCUUUGAGCUCUACAUAUUCUAGUUCUUGCUUGUACCUCAUAGCCUAUUAGUGUAGUGGUGAGCUGUGCGGAAACUAUCGAUUAAUGGCAAGACAGUGUUAUUUUGAUGAAUUGUGGAGCUUUUCCUGGAAUCGUCAUUGCGUCUCGCAGCUUUGUAAAAUCUUUCAUUAUAUGCAUGUAUCGAUCUUUUUUUUUUGUGCUUUGAGUGACAGGCUUGAAUGCAUGCUAAUUACAUGCUUGUAGUUCAACGAGUAGUAGUUGGUUUGAUGUCCUAACAGCCAUAGUGUUUUCGAUGACAAUGGGAAAAGUUAUUUUACCUAGUGCGAACCCAAUUAAUGGCUUGGAGUGCCUGAGUUUUUCUCGGAAUGUUGGAAUGAUUGUUGGGCCACAGCAGAGUACCAUGUGACCAUGCCCAAGAUCUGCUCGUAGUUUGUUGGUUGGCGAUUUUCCGACGUGUCGGACUGAAACUAGUUUUUUCAAUAUCAGUGCAUCGUGAAACUCAUCUUGCAUAAGCCUUGUGGUCUGCAAUCUCUGGUUGUAAACAGCAGCGCGCUGCUUCAAGUUGACGUGUCAUCUGUAAUGCUGGGAGCUGUAAGUGCUGUUCAUUGUGUGCCGACUGCUUACCUUGUUGUCCAUUUUUCCUUUUGUUGAUACAAAAUUAUUGAUAAAAAGUUUUCACAUACAAGGGUUUGGUUGCUUCGUGCCUCUUCUACGUCUCGCACUAAAAAAAUCAAGCUAGCUCGGUGUUGCUAAUAACCUGGCAUUGUUCAAGUGUUCUGAUGUUUGUCGUGGCGAUAAGUUGAUUAUGUCUUGGCUGCGAAAGUGCUUUCUCAUUGAGUAGGCUCUGUGUUGAUCAGCAGUGCUUUGCGUACAAGGUUGCUGGAAGGUACGUUUUUGACGCUCACGAUGGGGUGGUAAUGGCGUUAGAACUCUGUCUUGGCCUGUGUGGUUCUUUCUGGGCUAAGUACGGUGUUGGGAGUUUUUUUUCUCUGCAUAUAUUUGAACCCACCCGCAUGCGGAAAAGCCUGUGCAACCUUAUUUUUUUUUGUCAUGUGUACUGUUUCAAAGAGAUGUGAUUGUUACUGUAGUGGAAAAAAAAUGUUGUAGGCAGGUAUGUUGCUUCAAACUCAUUUGGUUGAACCGCAUUCUUCUUUUAAAGCUCUUGUCGCGUUGCACGUUCUUUAUAUAGAGCAUGAUAGAACUUGAUUUUUGGAGCAGGAAUGUGUACAGUGGACGCGUCUUCCCUAAAACGGCCGAAGGGGAAACUAGAAUAUUGUGAAAAAAAAAGUGUUACAGUGAUGUAGGGGACGUCACUUUUCUGGGGAAACGUCGCAUUGCUGUCAAAAAAGCUUUAGGUGCUGGAAUUUUGCAGUGGCCACACGCAAAUCUAAUAGUGACAAGUGCCCACAUCAGGCAUCAUAUCGGUCUUGUUAUUAUGACGAGAAAGAAAAUUAAACACGUUCUCGCAUCGUGUAUACCGACGUAAAUGCACAUUCACAAAAUAUGUCUUAGUUGAUGCCUGCUGUCGGCCAUUGCGAUGCCGGUUGCAUUGUGUUUCUAGUACUUGCUACCCUCAAUGGCACCUGCUUGCUGGCCAGCCAAGUGAAAAAGCAUUAUUAACAAUAGUUUUGUAAAUGUGUCGCCGAAUGGUUUCCCCAUGAAUGUGAGCGUCCCCUGUACACGUUUCAACAACAAUAGAACCUCGCGGUGUAAGUGUGCGAUUGUAUUUGUUCCGUUGAGAAGCGGGAGAGACUGUACAUACAAAAGUUUAGGUGAUCGGCAAAAUGGGGGAGAGCCAGAGCAGUACUAUUGGUCUGUUGUAGUUUUGUCUCGCGCUUCAAAUGAUAGCAUGAAGAAAAAACAAAUGUGUCAACGACGGUUAAGCAGGUUUGUGCUUUCUUAUUGAAUGUUGUUUUUACUGCCUCAGCUGUGAAUUGCCAAGACAUGUGUUGUUUGUACUAGUAAAGAGUAUUUGUGUGUUUAUUCUCUAGGAUGAGCAUUGCGGCUUCUCCUACAGGUAGUGGUGAGGUCGGGGGUCGGCCCGCUACAAGAGCAAUCAGUUUUCUUGCGAGUUUGUGUCGUUGUGGGCUCCUUCGUUUACGUGUCCGAGGUGUCUUCAGCAGACUCUCGUAUGUGCGUUAGUUAGGCAGCAUGUGACGAAUUCGAUUGACAGGGGGAAGAGAAACACUUUAAUGCCUCAUCUGUAAUGUCACCCCCAUGACUGAACUUCUUUUCUCGACAGAAGACAAAGUAACGCAUUACUCCUUUUUUUUUUACUCCGCAACUCUUUAUUUUUUGGGUGCUUGGUACACCACAAGGCGCAAUUUGCAUUCAUCGCUGCUGUGCUCAUGGGGAAGUUCCUUUGGGAUCAUUGCUCCUAAUUUUAUAGAACCGGCAGAGACACUCGUCGUGCCGACUCUGAAAAAGAAGACAACUGAAAGCGUUGUCAGUUGAGUCGGCUCAGUGCGACACCCUCGCAGGUUGAGGCGACCGUCCAAAAGCUAGCAGGCGACCAUUUCUGCAACUGUCUAUGUGUUUUACACUGUCGCUUUCAAAAAGGUGGCGCCCCCUCCCACAUUAAUGGUUGUCAGCUGCAGGUCGACUGGUUGCCUGAAGCCUGUACCAGUGUCGCAUGUCCCACCUACCAUCGCCAGCGUUUUACACAGGAAAAAAGGACAUACUUUUUGCAGUUACUUAACAUUUUGCCGCACAUGGAGACAAGAGCCAGCGUUUAAAAAAAUUUGCAUGACAACACAACCUCGGACCAGUUCUGCUCGGUCAUUUAGAAAAAAAGAACGACACUGUUGGAUUUCCAUAAAUAAAGACAAACUUCAUUAUGCA